AGAGGAGUAGGUCUGCAUAUUGCAGUACUGGCAGUGUGUGUGUGCUUGUGUUUUUGUGAGGGUGCAUGUUUCUGGGUGGACUUCAGCUACAACAGUGCCCCCCUCCAUGUGUGUGUCAGCAGGGCUGACCAAGCGACAGUCAUCUUGAGCACAAGAGAGACCUUUCUUAGAAUGCAGAUGGUAUAAGCAGUGAGGGGAAAAGUUUUUGACUGUUCGUCUGAGCCUCAGCUAAUUCAGUCAGUCAGAGUGGAUCCAGGAGGGGAGAAACGGCGGCAUCGGGAGCAGCUGAGAAGGACUCCUACUUGAGCUCGUCUCAGACUUGGAUUUCUGGUGUUGAUUGAUUACCUGUCAGUGUAACGGAGCCUUAAGCUGUGCAUCACCAGUCAAUAGAGCUGAAGGAUUCAACAAGGCUGUCUGUGUAGAAGAUUGGAGCUGCUGCAAUGGACGAUCAGAGUCUGUUCCAACACAGCAGUUCUCAGGGCACUGCAGGUCAGUCCAGCACUGAAGGUCAGAGGUCAAACAUGAUCCGGUGUGGUUGGCUCAGGAAGCAAGGAGGUUUUGUCAAGACCUGGCACAGCCGUUGGUUCGUUCUGAGAGGGGAACUUCUCUACUAUUACAAAGAUGAGGAGGAGACCAAACCCCUGGGGGUCAUUCCUUUACCAGGAAACAAAGUUUCUGAACAUCCAACCAGCGGAGAUGAAGGAGGAAAAUUUCUUUUCGAGGUCAUUCCAGGGGGAGAAAGAGAGCGGAUGACAACCAACCAUGAGACCUACCUACUUAUGGCCAGCACCCAGAAUGACAUGGAGGAUUGGGUGAAGACGAUUCGGAGGGUCAUCUGGGCACCUUUUGGUGGAGGGAUCUUUGGCCAGAAGCUGGAGGAGACGGUGCGGUAUGAGCGCCGGUUUGGGAACAAGCUCGCCCCAAUGCUAGUUGAGCAGUGCGUAGACUUCAUUCGCCAGUGGGGGCUUCAAGAAGAGGGUCUAUUCAGACUCCCAGGACAGGCGAAUCUUGUUAAAGAGCUGCAGGAUGCCUUCGACUGUGGGGAGAAGCCAUCAUUUGAUUGUAACACAGACGUGCAUACGGUAGCUUCCCUACUGAAGCUGUACCUCAGAGAGCUACCUGAGCCAGUCAUCCCCUUCAUGAAAUAUGAAGAGUUCCUGGCCAACGCAAAACUCCUGGGCAAAGAUGAUGAAAUGGGCAUGAAGGAACUGAAAAAGCUGGUGGAAAGUCUACCUUCUGUAAACUACAACCUCCUGAAGUACAUCUGCAGAUUUCUUGAUGAAGUCCAGUCAUAUUCGGGGGUGAAUAAAAUGAGCGUCCAGAACUUGGCGACUGUCUUUGGGCCAAACAUCUUAAGGCCAAAGGUAGAGGAUCCGGUAACAAUCAUGGAAGGAACCGUUCUGGUCCAACAGCUCAUGGCUGUUUUGAUCGGCCAUCACGAUGUGCUGUUUCCCAGGGACGAAGUAAAACCCACUUCUCUUGAACUCGCCAACAACAACAACACUGAACCACAGAAGGGACAAGUCACCAAUACUACCUCAGCAGUCAGCUCCCUGUCUCAGAAUGCAGAGAACAACAACUCACAGCAGGCAAGGCAGUGUGUUUGGGAGGCGGCGGAGUCUCAACGGCAACAAGUCCACAACGGCGGCUCCCCACGAUCUGUGAGUCCGAGGAAUGUCAUCACUGGACGCUAUGAAAUGACACGCAGUCCACCCCUGAUGGUGAAGAAGAACCCAGCGUUCAAUAAAGGAAGUGGAAUUGUUACUAAUGGGUCCUUCAGCUCCUCGCCCCCGUCAGACUUUGAUAGGACCCAGAACGUGACUCUAGGAGGGAGUUUGCCCAUGCGACGAAGUGGGGCACUUAAAGGCCCCGGCACCAAAAUGGGCACUAGUGGGGUGACGAGUGGAGGCAGUCCUUCAGCGAAUGGGACAGGUACUCUUCGCCUGGGGGUUUCUGGUUCUGACAUCAUCACAGGAAGUCCAAGCAACCGUAAUGGGCUUUGGGUCCCAAAUGGCUGCGUCGCCCUCAGGGAGAACAGUAAGACCCGUGACAGUUCCAAUAACGGAGAUCAAACAACCAAUCAGAACCGCCUGUCCACGUAUGACAAUGUCCAAUUGAACCACCAGAACCUGCAGAACCAGAUCACCAGCAUGUGUCUGAAUACCAGCUGUGAGGACAAGCAGAGUGUGGACAGCGCCACCUGGUCCACUUCCUCCUGUGAAAUCUCCCUCCCAGACAACUCCACCUCCUGCCGCUCCUCCACCACAACCUGCCCAGAGCAGGACUUCUACAGUGGACCGUAUGAAGACCUGGACGGAGCGGCUCAGGAAGGCGAGCCUCCUCAGUCAGGGGGAGGGGGCAGGAACAGCAGCGGGGAAGGGAGCGGAGAUGGAGCAGGAGGAAGCAAUCGGGGCACAGGCAGUAGUGAUACUAGUGAAGGUUUCCCUUUGGGUAAUGGAGCUGGCAGCCACAGCGCUCUGCACAGUCUGGUGGCCAGCCUGAAACAGGAAAUGCACAAACAGAAGACAGAUUAUGAGGCCAGGAUUAAAAGUUUGGAGCAGCGCAAUCUGGAGCUGGAGACAGAGAUGGUGGGCCUCCACGAGGAGCUGGACCAGGAGAGGAAGAAGUACACCAUGGUGGAAAUCAAGCUGCGCAACGCUGAGCGGGCCAAGGAGGACGCUGAGAGGCGAAACCAGAUGCUGCAGAAAGAGAUGGAGCAGUUUUUCUCCACAUUUAGCGACCUCACAGCGACUGGCAACAAUGCAGCCUCUGAACAACGCCGACCGGACCGGAACAAUACCAUCUGGAUACAGUGAAAGGGAGGGCUGUGUAUGUGAUUACCCAUGGGACUUAAAACAGGAUUUGGAGGCCGGCUGAAGGAAAUUUAGAAGAAUGCAAGUGGCUAAAAAGGAAAACCAUUUGUAAAUAUAGACAUCACCUGGUGUGACGUCAGGAUUACAUUAUAUUUGUAUAUAGCAUUAUUUAAACACCUCAUGGACACUAUAGCCUUCCCAGAAACUGCUGUGGUGCUCGCCUCACUCGCAUCAGGAAAAAACGCCGUCAGGUUGUGAUUGCAAAUGGUACAUUUUAUGUUAGCUGUUCGGACUGAAUAUACGAGCGGAAAAGGUCAAAUAUGAAGCAACAUUGAAAGAAAAUAACCUCCAACAUGGAUCUCCAAUAAUAAUCUUGUCAAACUCCUCACCAAUUGGAUUCACUUCUUUAUGCUCUGAAUACAAUCUAGAGAACCAUUCUGCGUUGGCUCGUGUAUAUAGGAGGAAUCAAUGCCUGUAAAAAGAACUGAAUCUAAUACUAAAUGUUAAUAUUUAAGCAAAGUUAUGAUGGGGAUAUAUUUUAUAUCAGAACUGUUUUUUGUGUUUUUGCACUUCAGUUGGUACUGAAUGUUCUGUCAAUGUGCAUACCAUUUAAGUUGGUAUAUGUGUUGUGUAUUUACUUGUGCUUCUGUGCAGUUACAUCUACUCAUGACCAAAAAAAAAAAGAGCCUGUUCUGAAUAUUUUUUAUAGGUGUUUGAGGACACUACUUCUUAGUAUGCACUGUUUUUGACUGAUGUUUAGAUGACAUGGUAUCAGUUCAAACUGAAUCAUUGUAGCUUUAAAAAUGCAAUUUAAUCCUGUCACAUUCAGCUGUCAGGAAGACAUUUGCAUAAAUUCAUCUUUGACCAAGCAUGCAAUACUUAUUUUGGGCUUUAAUUAAUGAUGGAUUUGAACUGAACCUUUUCUUUUUUUUUUUAUGGUGGAACAAUUAUCCAACAAACAACUUUAAUGAAAUCAUAAAAAAAGAAUUUGCUACGCUAAAUAGAAUUAUUGAGUUGAUUCUCUCUAAUCGAAAAAACAUACAUACCUGCUCACAUAUAAACAUACAAUCUCACUAUUAUCUGGUCAGCAGUCUUAGAGAUAAAUCUGUGCAAUGAAAACAACUAAAGUUUACUAAAGUAAAGUUAGAAUAUUUGACGAGGAGGUUGGUCACUGGGUUUUCUAAGUUUUUAUUAAAGUCUCCAUGUAUGUAGGAAACCUGAAAAUUUUAUGAUUACAGUCGUAAGGUUUGCUGGAUAAUCAUUCUACCUUUGACAAGGAACAGUUAAAAAUCUGUCAGGGGCCAAACUCAAUAAAAAACUUAACAAGUGUAAACAUUGGAUAGGUACUGUCAAAAGUUUAACGUAACAAAUUUUUGUUCAUAUACAGAAUUUGAGGAUAAAAUGCCCUUUUCACUUUAAGAUAUAUGUAGCAAAUGUUUGUGGAUAUUCUAAUUUAAAGUCUGAUUGAAUUAGAUGUAACUGUAAAAGAUGAUUGUAUAUAAAUAAGACACCCAUCAGAACUGAUGUAUGUAAAUCGCAGCACAAGUUUAAAGGUUGCAGUUGGAUUAUUACCAACAGAGCUGUUUUUUAACUGUGAAAAUAAAUCUGACUCGGCACAGAUGACAUACAGUAAUUGCAGAGGAUGAGUGCAUGAAUGUGCAUGAGUCCAGCAGGGUUUGUGACUUUUUAUUCAUGAAGUGUAUGUAUGUAGCCUCAAACCAAAUGUCUACAGGCAGUGUGCAUCAGCUAAAGGGUCAGCUUAGAUGAGGGGCAAACUGCUUUUCCACCAGACAUCAUACUCCAUUUUAAACCUGCUGCUGGUCAUUGCAGGACAUCUGGAAUGUGUAAACGGAAGGGGUGGGAAAAGAAAGCCUGGACAACCAAAGAAGAGAGGAGACCCUCUGCUUCUCACUGGGUGCCCUUCAUUGGGAAAUAAAAGGCUUUAGCCAAGCUGCUGGUGUCACUUCAUUCUGUGAAUUCCACACAUGAAACAGAUUAGGGAUUAUCAGGAUGGUGGAUAAUAAAACUCAUGCAAAAUCAAAUUCUUGUUCCAAGCAACCUUGUGAAGACAUGACAGUAUAAAUAAAUGCAUUUUCUUUGA